CGCGGGUAAUCGGACGCAGUCGGCCGACGGAUUGUGUUGAGUUAGUGUCGUCGCGAUCGGAGCCGCACGGAUCUUCGGAUCGAACGUCGUCGUGACUGUCAUCGUCAUCGUCCUCGUCCACGUCCUUCUUCUCCCUCUCGUCGCCGUCGUCGUCGCCCGAAAAUGUUCCACGUCCGAGGCCUCGCGCGUUCCUCGACCGCCCUGAAGCAGGCGCCGUGCAACGACGUUCUGCGAGGCAUGCUGGCGCGCGUCCUCCCGGCUGCCGUGCAGACGAGCUCCCGCGGCUACGCCGACCACCAGAUCCCGGACCGGCUGGCGGACGUGCCCACCGCGCCGAAUCCCAAGUUCUUCGACAUGGUGGAGUACUUCUUCCAUCGCGCCUGCCAGAUCGUCGAGGAGAAGCUGGUCGAGGAUGUGGGCAAGCGAUCGCGGCUCACCGUGGAGGAGCGCAAGAAGAAGGUCAAGGGUAUCCUGAUGCUGAUGGAGCCGUGCGAUCACAUUCUCGAGACCACGUUCCCGCUGAGACGUGACUCCGGCGACUACGAGAUGAUCACCGGCUAUCGCGCCCAGCAUUCGACCCAUCGAACACCGUGCAAAGGAGGUAUCCGUUUCUCAAUGGACGUGUCACGGGACGAAGUUAAGGCUCUGUCAGCUUUGAUGACGUUCAAGUGUGCGUGCGUCGAUGUGCCCUUUGGAGGUGCGAAAGCAGGCAUUAAGAUCAACCCUAAGAACUACUCCGAGCACGAGCUGGAGAAGAUCACCAGGCGAUUCACACUGGAAUUGGCGAAGAAAGGUUUCAUCGGACCUGGUGUCGAUGUUCCCGCACCUGAUAUGGGCACAGGUGAACGAGAAAUGUCUUGGAUAGCCGACACUUAUGCGAAGACUAUCGGCCAUCUCGACAUUAACGCUCAUGCUUGCGUCACUGGCAAACCCAUCAAUCAAGGUGGCAUUCACGGUCGCAUCUCUGCGACAGGACGCGGCGUGUUCCAUGGUCUGGAAAACUUCAUUAACGAAGCCAACUACAUGAGCAUGAUUGGCACCACGCCAGGCUGGGGAGGCAAAACUUUCAUUGUGCAAGGUUUCGGUAACGUAGGUUUGCAUUCCAUGCGUUACUUGCAUCGCGCUGGUGCCGCCUGUAUUGGUGUAAUCGAGCACGACGGAUCCAUUUACAACUCAGAGGGCAUCGAUCCGAAGGAAUUGGAAGAGUAUCGCAUAGAGAACGGCACCAUCGUCGGCUUCCCCGGAGCCAAGCCAUACGAAGGCGAGAAUCUUAUGUAUGAACCAUGUGAUAUAUUUAUACCCGCUGCCAUAGAGAAAGUAAUUACCAAAGAAAACGCUGGACGUAUUCAGGCAAAGAUCAUCGCGGAGGCUGCCAACGGACCGACAACUCCCGCCGCCGACAAGAUUUUAAUUGACAGAAAUAUCCUCGUAAUUCCGGACUUGUAUAUUAACGCCGGUGGUGUUACAGUCUCGUUCUUCGAGUGGCUUAAGAACUUGAACCAUGUGUCGUACGGCCGUUUGACAUUCAAGUAUGAGAGAGAAUCCAAUCACCAUCUCUUAGAAUCGGUACAGGAAUCCUUGGAGCGCAGGUUCGGUCGCGUCGGUGGCCGUAUUCCUGUUACGCCGUCUGAGGCCUUCCAGAAACGUAUAUCUGGUGCUUCCGAGAAAGACAUCGUCCACUCCGGUCUGGAUUACACGAUGGAGAGAUCCGCCAGGGCCAUUAUGAAGACUGCCAUGAAAUUCAACCUUGGUCUCGAUCUGAGGACGGCCGCAUACGCGAACUCGAUCGAGAAGAUAUUCACCACUUACUCAGAAGCCGGUCUCGCUUUCUAAGUAUUAGUCACAAGAUUAAGCGCGGCGAAUUGUAAAAAAAAAAAAAAAGCAAGGCAGAGUCAGUUUUACAGUGUGACUACAAAAGAAGUGACUUCGUAUCGCUCAAGAGGCAACUCAAUCAAGGGAUAACUCAGCGGUUGUUCAUCGUGUCAAGCAGCAACGAUGAACAGUAUCCUGUACACUCGUUUACGGAACGGUUUGAACGCAGAUAAAAUUAGAGGCUCGUGCCACAGUCACGAUUGCUUACGUGCUCGCGUGGUAAUCGAUCGUGACUGAAGCCGACGAUACACGACGUGAUUAUUGGCCUCUUUUAUUAUUAUUAUACUCUUAUCUGUAAUAUGAAAACAUAAUAAAGAUAUUUCCGUUUUCCUUGAGUACUCCUUGCAGCUGUGACGUUGCAUGUCUUGUGUAUCGUCACUUCUGUCAGGUUAACGGAGUAACGCGUAAGGUCGUGAAUGGCUCGUAUCUGAUGCUCCUCCUAACUUUAUCAAAGAAAUUCUCAGACUGUUUCGCAGACGAGUGUAUGUGUUUAUCAUCCGUCACGUUCUCUGCAUCGUAAACAAUUUGCCUAGUACAUAUAUAGAAAGUUCAUGUAAAAGUCGGAUAUUACGCGAAGCUGUUGAAAGAACACUAUGAUGGUAGCUAUGAUUGGAAGGAAGACAUCGACCUCUGUCGGCAAGAAUAGAUUACGGAACAGACGCAAGACCAGUGCAUUUUUAUAUUUCACUUUUUAUGCAUAUAACGUAUAAUAUAUAUAUAUAUACACAUAUAUAUACACAUAUAAGAUUGCGACACGCGGUCGAGUCGGAUAGCUGUUUGUUGUGAUCCGUCGUUUCUGUUCGAAGGUACAAUUAUAAUGACAUCGCAUGAUAUUUUAUCGCGCCAACAAAGUGAAAGUAUUUGAGAAUGUUAAUCUCACGACGAGAGAGUUCAUUGUUAUCAAGGAGGAGGAGGAGGAGGAGGAGAACGACGCAACGCGGUACAGCAGUACAUAGUAUUCGCUCGUUACACGCACGUUAAGAUUCCGUUGAAGAAAAGGACACGCUCGUAAGAUAUAUACUCGAUUCCGAAACGGGAGACUUCCGAUUUUCGUAUGUACGCGAAACGCCUCUGUCGACGACAUUCGACGCGUACAACAGCAGACUGUUUGUCAGGCAUGCCAUUGUUUCGAUUGGAAUCGUGAAAAUAAACCAACUAAUGGGAUUAUGACUGCA